CGGUCGGUGAAGUUCUACUCGGUCCGGUCAUCUCCUCUCCUCUCCACUCAUCAUGUGCCAUCACCUGCUCGUGCCUCUGCUGGCAUGUGCUUUAAUACCCAGCCAUGCUGCACCACUUUUGAAGGCGGUCACGUGCGAGGAGGCCAACGUUGAUGCGGCGGCGAACCUCGCCGUGCGUCACAUCAAUGAGCAUCACCAUCACGGCUACAAGUUCAAGCUUGGAGAGACCCAAGGGUCUAAAUAUGAAAAGGUGGGCGAUGGGUGCAACAUUGAUUUGCAACUGAUGCUCUUCGAGACCAGUUGUCACUUCACCAACCCUAAACCUGCUGAGGACUGCGAGAUGUGGGAACUGGGUGACCGGGGCGCCUCCGCCUCCUGCACCAGCAUGUUGAGCGUGCAGGGUGGCGUGGCCACAGUCACCCGCCAUCAGUGCACCACUCAACUAGCUAUGUCCAACGCGGAGAUGGUCAUGACAUGUCCUGACUGUCCCUCGAUGAUGACUCUUAGCGACCCUGAAGUGGUGAAUGUAGUCGCGAAGGCUGUGCAGAAAUACAACCAGGAGUCCAACAACCAGCAUUACUUUGCCCUGCUGGAAGUGGGACGUGUACUACUCGCGUACAUCCCAUCCCUCGGCAUGGUGAAAUACCCCAAAUUUGUUUUGGUUGAGACAAACUGUCCUAAGAACUCCAGGAUCGCCCCGGAGGCCUGCACGCCUCUCUGCCCUGACAGAGCUCAACACGCCAUGUGCAGCACAUCUUAUUCCACCAUGAACGAGGCUACAUCACCUGAGUGUGAAUUAUACCCAGCCAAAAAUUCCGCCCCCCUCGGGCCUGGCGAGAAAGAACCAGUGUGUGCGGCUUCCUUCCACCAUACUCAUGAAGCAACCGCCUGCAUGUCUCAGGUGACCAACAGGGAUCCGGCGCUCCAUGAGAUUUGUCCCUUCCCUCUUGCCGUACAGCUGCCACACCAAGAGCACGUCCAUCACUGAAUACUGCCACCGACAUGCUGGUGUUGUCUUACACAUGCGUUGAGUCAACAAAAGAAAAAAACAAAUAAAUCUUCCUACAAAGUUGUGAAUA